GUUUGAGGUUAUAUUGCUCCCUGUUGACAUAGAUGGUAAUUUUCCGAUUUAUCGCUACGUCACUUUAUUAUUAACAAAAUUAAUUAAUUCGCCACUAUUUUGUUGAAUAAUGCGGUGGUUCAGCGGCAUAAGCGAAGGCAUAAACACCCUUAAAUUGAAGGGCGGAGUGUUCGUGGUCUAUAUAGAAGGGGAGGACGCAAAGUCCCAGCAAUUAACCGCCCUUAUCGAGUCCGACGCCGUAGCUGAACUCAACAGCGACACAUUUAUAGCGAUCAAAAUCAAAGCUGAGUCACGUUCACAUGAGCAGUUCAUCGAACUAUUUCAGCAGACCCCAGUGCCGUCAAUAUACUUCAUCGAAAAGGGUGGCAAGCCUUUAAAAAUCGUCACUGAAGCCCCCGAUGCCACUAGUUUAUCCACAGACAUCGCGGAGGUGCUGCGCUUGGCAGGAAUCAGCGCGUCUACCAGCACAAGUGUCGCUACAGCCGACUUAAUCAGCAACGAACAGACGGCAAGUGCUCGCAAUGUGGUGUGCGAAAAUGGGGUUUGCACGAUCAAGCGCGACCCACCAUCCGACGAUCCCACCUCGGAAGGUGAUCGUCUGGCUGCGGAAGAGAAAAUCGAGCGGGCAAAGAAACUGCUAGAAGCCAAAAGGCUGGAGAAAGAGAAAAAGGAGCAAGAGGAGGAGCGGCAGCGCGAGUUGGAGCGUCGCAGGACGGGGCAGGAGGCGCAGAAAAUGAAAAAAUGGCAAGAGGACCAGGAGCUGAAGCAGCUGAAGGAGGAGAGGGAAAAGGAAAAGCGUGAAGAGAAGGAGGCACGGGACCGCGUUCGGGCGCAAAUCGAGCAGGACAAGGCGGAAAGGGUCGCAAAGUUUAAGCCUCCAGCAGCUUCCACUCCCACUCUGUCGGAGGCUUCGCAGCCUGUGGCUGGCCCUUCAACAAGCCGAGCCAACUCCAACACUGCCCGACUGCAGUUCAAACUCCCGGAUGGUUCCUCUAAAACCCAGGAUUUCCCCAGCAGCGACAAACUGCUCUCGGUACUCAAUUUCGUCAAGGCGAAUUUCAAUCUUGCUUCCAAAAAGUUCACACUAUCGACCACAUUCCCCAGGAGGCAGUUCUCUGAAAGCGACCAAUCGCAGACCUUGGCUGAACUGCAGCUGACUCCCAAUGCAGUCAUUCUGGUGCUGCCUUUGAGUGGGGGCGUGGUUUCAACCAAUCAAGGUGUAGGGGGCGUGUCCGGGUUUGUUUGGAGUCUUCUGACGCCGCUGCUGGGCAUUCUGAACUUCAUUAAGGCGUUCUUGGGCUUUGGAACGGUCGGCCACGUGAGUGGCGACCAACCGGGUUCCAGCGGAGGCUCCAGCAGCAAUAGCAAACCGGAUAAGCCCGACCAAAAACCGCCCGCUAGACCCAUCAAAAGAGAUGGCAAUAUUCGGCGACUAGCAGACAUGAAGGAUGAUGAUGAUGAGAAUAACACUUGGAAUGGAAACUCCACGCAGCAGAUGUAGGAAAUGUUGUUUUACUUGAAAAUUUUAUGUUAUAGCUAGAGGCUCAAUGAGCUGCUGGCGAUAAAGUUGGUUUAGAUGAUAGGUUUUACACAAUAAAUUGCUUCUUUUUGCUUAA